GGAAGAAGGGACGGCUCUGCAGAUGUUUCCAGAGGCAGGAGAGGAGCCAGGAAAGCCACCAGAGAUUGCCCAUCUGACCAUGGUCUCCAAACUCCUUGGAUCUGGGCAAAGGAAGAGACGGGCAACCCUCUGCUUUGUAAAAGGCCAUUUUUACGGAUGAUGAACAUCACAGGAGAGAUCUCUUCAGGCUGUGAGAAAAUGGCCACCGAAGCCAGGUGUCGUCCCCAGGAGGCCCCGAGCGGCGUCGCUUGCUGUGAAAACCCCGAGGAAGUGCUCCUCCUGUGUGGCCACCCCGUGUGUAAGUCCUGCCGGAAGCAGUCGGGGAAGGGGUCCUACCAGUGCGCUGUGUGCGGGGGAGUGUCCAACACGGAGGAUGUGGACGUGCGCUGUAGCACGGCUGUGAGGGGGAAGCACGGUGGCGCGGCACGGCAGAGUCCUCAGGCAGAGCAGAACUCUGCUGCAGGGUGUGGCCUGCAAUGCAGUCGGCAUGGUGAUGACAGUGCCAAGUUCUUCUGCCUGGAGGAUAAACGGUUUCUGUGUGACGCGUGUGAGGACUCAAAGGAGCAUGGAGGUCACAAACACUUCCUCAUUCAUGAAGCCGCUCUUGACUUAAAGAGGGUAUUGGAGGUUCUUCAGGAAGAUCUUGGGUGCAAGCUAGAAACCCUACAAGACAAUAAAGAUGCCUGUGUUCAUGCAUUAGAACAUAUUAUGCUCCAGGCCAAAGACUCAGAGGACAACAUUAAGGAAGAGUUUGCAAAACUCCAUCAGUUUCUGCGGGAUGAGGAAGCAUCCAGGAUAGCUGCCCUGAGGGAGGAAGAGGAGCAGAAGAGGCAGGUGAUGAAGGACAAGAUUGAGAAAAUGAGUGAAGAGAUCUUGUCUCUCUCAAGCUCAAUCAGGGACAUAGAAGAGGAGAUGAGUGCAGAGGAUGCAGUACCCUUACAGAACCUGGUUGCGGCAGGAAGGGCUCAGUGUCUAUGGCAACAUCCAGAGGGUGUUGGUCCAGGUGAGCUGGUCAACGUGGCAAAGCACCUGGGCAACUUGAAGUUCCGAAUCUGGGAGAAAAUGCAGGACAUGGUUCAAUACACUCCAGUGAUUCUGGACCCCAACACGGCCGAUGCUCGCCUCUACAUCACUGCAGAUCUGACCGGCGUGAAAAUCAGCACUGAGGCUGACCGCCAGCCCCCCGACAACCCCGAGCGGUACGACUCGUUCGCCUGCGUCCUGGGCUCCCAGGGCUUGGAGUCGGGGACCCACAGCUGGACGGUGGAGGUGGAGGCCAACACCAGCUGGGAGGUCGGGGUCAGCGCCGGCGCCGGCCGGAGGAAAGGGGAGGCCAUCUGGACGGGCGUCUGGAGCGUGGAGUUCUGGGACGGCGAGUACUACGGCCGGUCGCCGGGGCAGGAAGAGAAGACGCUCCUCCGAGUGGCGGCGACGUUGCGGAGGAUCAGAGUGAGGCUGGACUGGGACGGGGGCGAGCUGGCCUUCUCAGACCCUGUGAGUGGCGCACAUCUGUGGACCGUCACACACACCUUCACAGAGAUGCUCUUUCCAUUCUUCUACAAUGGCUGUGAUACUCACCCUCUGAAUGUCCUCCCAGUAAGGCACUGACUUACAGCAGAAGACUUAAGUAGAAAUAAGAUCAUAAGAAUGACAUUAGUAUGACAAAUGUCUUAGAGGUGAUAAGGCAUUAAAUAAAGUAUCUA